AUGGGCUAUGGAUUUGGUCUCCGGUCGAUAACCCGCCUACCCUCUCACCGCACCCGAAAGGAGACUCCGCUGGUCCUCGUGGUCACCUGUGAUAUCCCACACAACCGCGGGCUAUGGCAGAUCACCAAGAUCGCGGCGACACCUGUCACAACGGAAAAACUGCGCUCGAAGAGGGGCGAACCACAAUGCUACAACUGUCAAAUGGUUGGUCAUGUGGCACGGUUCUGCACGCUGCCCCCACGCUGUGUUAAGUGUGCGGGGGAGCACACCAGUCGAGACUGCACACGGCAGUGGACAGAUGGACCGCCCAAAUGCGCUGGAUGUGGUGGGGAACAUGUGGCCUCCUACCGCGGCUGUUCCAGCUUCCGACGGGCUGCAGCACGGAGCCGUGGUCAACAACCUGGCUCCAUAAAGCGGUCUGCACCAGUCAGACCUGGCGUCAGUUUUGCUGCUGCUACUACCUCUGGCUCCUCACCGCAGGCCUCCGUACCUGCGCCGAAGCCAGCCACUGUUGCACCAACUACCAACACCGAGAUGGACCGCCGUCCACGGGCCGCAGCGCGACCAUCAGCGCGGCGCUCUGCACAGCAGCAGGGUGAAGACCAGGGCCAACACGACCAGCCCCGACAGGGACAAGAGGUUGACGUCGUGGCGAGCCCGGCUCAACACUCACGAGCUGCAACUGUCCCAACCCAGGCGGCCGAUUCCAGCAUGGCCGAAUUGAAGCUCCUCUUGCAAGAACUUCGGGAGUUUCUCAAAGAUAUCCCACGGCAACUCAUUGCCGCUGAUGCCGCCACCGACCACGUCGUAUAUUCGCCGAGGUUGGUGGCACGUGGCAGCCGUGUUGAUACCAUCACUGCGUUCGUCAGGUCGCCCCAAAUAAAGGAAACAGGAGCCUGCAUGGACGGUGUGGUGACAGCGCAGCCUGGUGGCAGACUGGGGAACCUGCUGGUGGAGUAUGCGUGCUCCGCCAUUUUGGCGAACCGGCACCACCUACGGCUGGCCAUGCCUGCCAGGAUCCUCGAGCCACUGUCCGCCAUCUUCCACAACAUCAGUGCAGAACCGCUGGGCCGAGUUUUGCAGCAGCCGCCAUGUGAAGGAAACCUCACAGAGGAGGGGUUCCUGGACGACCCGAAGCACCAGCUCCUGACGUGGGGAUCUGUAGAGAAGACACUGAGCCACCUGAGAAGCAAACACUUGCCACUCAUUUUCAAGAGGUACAUGUUUCUACCAGAGUAUCUCGCACCCUCCUUGGAAUUUUUGCGACAAGAAUUCCGUUUUCGGCCGGAAUUGCAGAGUGUCGCAAGCGAAAAGUUGCACAGGAUUAGACUGGAGACAGCGAGCGCCACUGGCACAAACUACACCCAGGUGUGCACGGUGGGGGUGCAUGUGCGCAGGACGGACUACAAAGAGUUCAUGGAGAACAUGUUCCAACUGAAGCAACCGGCCGGCAUCUCAUACUACAAGGCAGCGGCGGACGCCAUGUUGACAGACCUGCGCCACGAGUGCACUGCCGUCGCUUUCGCCGUAACGAGCGACGACAACCAGUGGUGCCAACAGAACUUGCUGCCCACUCUCACCAGGAAUGCGUCUAAGGACUCGCCAGCCAGUGUGGGGUUCCUGAUGACCUCGGACUCCCCAGGAGAUGACCUGUGCCUGCUGUCCUCCUGCCAGCACCUCAUCAUGACCUACGGCACCUUUGGACUGUCAGCCGCCAUCUUGUGUGGCGGGAGAACAAUCGUAUAUGAUGCGCCCAGCCACGGCGCCAAGGAUGGGCCCUCAGCCCACAAGAUGGCGACCAUGGUGCCUGGAUGGCGACUCGUCGCGUAACACUGCAGCAACCUACUACUGAAAGUAGAGCACUCUAGCGGACUGGUGUUGUACCUACCUCCUAUCUGCGACAUUAUGCCCAAGUUUUUCUAAAGUUUGAAUCCUUGUGUUUCAAGGGCAACGUUCAUACUGACUGAGCUGUUGAGGCAUGGCUCAUGGCCAGGCAUUACA